AUUUUUGGGAUCUCUGGGUCUUUUUAAAGACUCCUUUCCAGACCUGGGCUUCGUCUUUUGCAGUGGCAAUGGUGAAACGUCACCGUUAGUAGUUAUUUUUAGUCUAAGAUAAGGUUUGAUCUGACUCUGACAAACUGGCCCUAAGUGGAACUGUGCGCUUACCCACCACAUUCAUCACCGUCUUUACUGGGUUUACAGGGCCACGCAUGCUGUCUGACCAGUGCGCCACCCACGGUCGGAACCAUGCAGGGUUGGAGCACAGCUCCGCCUUGGCUGGUGCCAUCUGGGAUCAGAAGUGGCAUCCACAAUGCUGGUCAAAAAAAGACUGAGGUCAAAUAUCAGAUAGCAGGUGGCAGUGACAUGCAGACAACACAUGGAGCCCUGUUACUGCACCCCUCUGCUGGACUGCCCCAAAGCCCUCAGACAAGAACAGUACAAAUGCAUAGCUUUGAAAUCCACGGCCCUCUUCAGUGCAGCAAAGGUAGAGUGACACUCCGGGGCUUCUGAAGUUAAGGCGCCUAUGUCAGCUUCUCCGAUUUCAAAGCAAAAGUGCAGCAUUCCUUUCCUGUAAAACGGAUCCAAAAUGUCUUACAAGACUAGAUACUCUGAAUGGCGAACAGACUCACACUCGUUAAAACCGGAGAUUGAUUUUAGCUCACCAGCUAUGGCGGUACUGGAAGUUGAACGCCUGCUCUUCUCAGGGAGAGCAAUCAAUAGUCAUGCUGAUGAGGUUUGGCCAAGACUUUAUAUCGGAGACAUGGACAUAGCUGAGAACCGCGCGGAACUUCGCCGCCAUAACUUCACUCACAUCCUGAACUGUGCGCACAGCUCCAGACGAGGCGCUGAGUACUACAACGGCAUGGGCAUCACGUACCUGGGCAUUGAGGCGCACGACUCCCCCGCCUAUGACAUGAGCGCCAACUUCAGCACUGCAGCGGCAUUCAUCCAUAAUGCGUUAAGAGGAGGCGGUAAGAUUCUCGUGCGCUCUGCCACAGUAGUGCUCGCGUACCUGAUGCUGAAACACGGCAUGAACCUCGUGCAGGCGGUCAGCACCGUGAAAGAGGGACGCGGCAUCAUCCCCAACCGAGGCUUCCUGCGGCAGCUUGUUGACCUGCAGGUUCAACUCUACGGCUGCAGGACCUGAACGUCUGCACCUGCUGCACCAUAGCAGGGUCUGGUGAAGUUAAGGUGGCUUUAAAUUUAGGAAUUAUUUGUUUAUGCUUUGUUUGUAUUUUUUUUUUCUCAUUAAUAAUUCUCUAAAGGAUAAAAUUUGAGAAUCGUAGACUUUAGCACUAAUAUUUCUUAUUUACACAGUAUUUAAUAUGGAAUAAAUAACAACACCUUAUACAGUCAUGUCUUAUACAGGUGUUCAUUUUUUUUUGGAGUGUUGCUUCCAGAACAGUACUGUGCCGGUUGAUCAGUUAUUUACCUUGGUUUUCUUUUUGAAUUGAUACAUGUAACUAUGCAGUGGGAUUAGAUUCAAUAUCUUUGAAAGUGUCUUUGCUUCACAGACAGUGAUGAGUUUACAUAUUGUAUAUUUGUGAUAUUUCAGCGGUUCUUUCCCCUGCAGGGAACAAGAACAGAUCUGUAAGAGCUCUGUUUAUUUAAAAAGCAUCACGUGAUUAUAUCACAUGAUAUUGGCAUCAGUGUUGAAUAACACUGAAUGAAAGAAAGUUAACAGAGCUAAUUAAAUAGUUAGGCGGAUAAAUUUAAAUGAUGCCACUUUUAUUUGAUGAUCAUACUGACACAACUCGUACCCUUUGUAGUAGGCAUGCAGAGACUGUUUUAGUAUUAUGUUGUUCAUUUAUUUUUGUUUUAUGUGUUAUUAAUUUAUUUUAGUAUUAUGUUGUUCAUUUAUUUUAGCAUUGUUACCUGUUAUUAUUCAGUCAUCUGGAUGAUCCCAGACAUUGAUGCUUUUGUGGUAAAUCUUAUAGCUCUAAUUUUAAUGGCUACAUUUUACAUAGUAGGUACAUUCUGAGGAAUUGUCAUUUUUAUUUUAUUUUAUUUUUUUACAUUAUAUUGAAAUAAAUCAGCCCCCUGUGAAACAAAAAAAGCAGUAUUUAUGUACUUUAUCAUUUUUGUGUGUAUAGGCUAAAUAUAGCCUAAAGAUGCGUUGUGUGCCUGCUGGCUUGUACGCUGGUUGUGCGCUAUUGUUGGUUACUCUAAAUAAAGAAAAAGAAGCCAUGGCGCUCUC